GAAAUUCGAAAGAAAAAAAAUCCCAAAUUUCAAAAGCAGUUGUCUUCUCACACUAGCUCUAGAAUCGAAUCGAUCAUCGAAAAUGGCAGAAGACAACAAAAAGUCAGAGCCGCGGCGAAGGGGAUGGUCGAUAGCCGACUUCGAGAUCGGAAAACCCUUAGGGAGAGGGAAGUUCGGCCGGGUCUAUGUAGCCAGGGAAGUGAAGAGCAAGUACAUAGUGGCAUUGAAGGUGAUUUUCAAGGAACAAAUCGACAAGUACAACAUUCAUCAUCAAUUGAAGAGGGAAAUGGAUAUUCAAACCAGUCUCAGUCACCCUAACAUUCUCCGUCUCUACGGUUGGUUUCACGAUGACCAACGCGUCUUCAUGAUUCUUGAAUACGCUCACGGCGGUGAACUUUUUAAAGAGCUUAGAAAGUGCGGUUAUCUCUCUGAGCAAAAAGCCGCCACGUAUGUUGCCAGUCUGGCGAAUGCAUUGGCGUAUUGUCAUGAGAAGGAUGUGAUUCACAGAGAUAUAAAGCCUGAAAAUUUGUUGCUUGAUCACGAGGGUCGACUGAAAAUUGCGGAUUUCGGGUGGUCUGUGCAAUCGAGGAGCAAAAGACACACUAUGUGUGGAACUUUGGAUUACUUGGCACCGGAAAUGGUGGAGAAUAAGGCUCAUGAUUACGCUGUUGAUAACUGGACUUUGGGAAUUCUUUGUUAUGAGUUCCUCUAUGGGGCUCCUCCCUUUGAGGCUGAGAGUCAGCGUGAUACGUUCAGAAGGAUUGUGAAGGUUGAUCUUACUUUUCCUUCCACUCCUCCUGUCUCUGCAGAAGCAAAGAACCUCAUCACCCGGCUUUUGGUCAAGGACUCUUCAAAGAGGCUGUCUCUUCAGAAGAUCUUGGAGCACCCAUGGAUAAUCAAGAAUGCAAAUCCAAUGGGCACCUGUGAUAACUAGUAACAUUUUCUAACUUGUAUUCUAUUUUGAAUUUUGUAUCUAAUGUUCUCGUCUUUGAGAACGCAAAGCUACUUUUAAAACGUUGUACUGACCUAGAAAGAUGUUUGACUGUCACUGCUUGGAACUCGAAUAUUAACCCUGUAAGGUGAAUGCAUCAUAAUUAUAUUCA